CGGCGAUCCAACACUCGUGGAACCGGCGCCGUGUCCAGAUUUAAGCUUCUUCUUUGCCGGGCAGGAUCUCCGAAGAUCUUCUCACUCGCGCGUUAGUUUAAUUUUGAAUCGUCCGUCAUUCGCGCGGUCACAGCACCGCAAUAGAUCCCGAUCAUUCGACUGCUGCUCGAUCAAGGGAUCGAGCGCGAUCGUAAAGGGAACGACUCAGUUGAACUAACAGCAAUUUUGAGGAAUACGCCAUGGCUGUGAGAGCAACGAUCCUGGUGCUGAUGGUCACGUUGGUGGUCGUCGCGUCCGCUGGAUUGCUCGAGACCCUGCUCUCAUGGGACUUGCCGGAGGUCGAGGCGAGAUCGUCCACGUCGCAAUCCAAGUGCCUGUGCCAGACUUCCGGUUGUCUCUGCUGCGUCGACCUAAACUUGACGGCCACUAUUGAUCUAGGUGGCCCAGCUUGCGUCAAUAUUAGGCAGAAAGAGCAGAAUAUCUCAUUAAAUUUGAGCUAUGGCGAUAAUCCACUUCACAAUGCGACGAUAAGGAUCGCGAACGCAGCCAAUAAACCGACAUGCAUGAAUUUGUUGUCGGAUUUGGCUCAGAUUUGCGCGCGAUUUACAUCGGUGAAGCAAUCUGAUGUCGGUGGCUACGAUGGUUGUAUGGUAAUCGAACCGGCUUUGUUGGGUGCACCGCAAGCCACAUAUCACAUAGGAUGCUUCAAUUUCUAUCAGGGUGUCCGACAAGUGGAGGUCUCCGCCAUCACAGAAACGACAGAGCCCGUUGAUAACGCAGACGAAGAAGAGGACACUCUUAACACCGACGAGUUGAUCGCUGCAGUAUCCGCUAGCGCCGAGCAAGGUAUCGCGUUGUUCACUCAAUGGCUGGGUCUUAAUCUGAAUCCAAAACUGAAUCUCACGAGCAAGGACAAUGGACAACAAGACCAUCAACAGCAAAUAACGAAUAAUGAACGGACAGGACCCUCAAUUGACGUGUCUUCGAGAUCGGCCCGCAAUAUGGACGAUGCUGUCCAAAACGAAAAAAGCGAUGAGCGAUUCAAGCAACUGUUGAGCGCUCAGGACAAUGUCCUGAAAGGCUCAGCGACUAUCGGACAAUCUCACGGCGCGGAGACCACAUUUGUUUACUCCAGACCAAGCGAUCUAAUGGCUGACAGAAACGCGACAGAAGAGGCCAAGAAGAAACUCGAAGCGGAAGCUGUGGUACCGCAACACCGGAUCGUGGUACCAAAAGAGUCCAGGAGGGGUGGACGGGCAUACAACAUUCAUCAACACGUCAAUGAAAUCUGAGUUUUGCCGUGUGAUCGGUACCUCGUGCAGGAAAUCGUCAACUCAUUCUUUUAGAGCUAGAGUGCUGCACCUAGACUAUUCUCGUAUGUAUGCACGCGGAGCUGGGUAAUGGAGAGGAGGUUGUUACUUCAUUUAAUCGUCUCGCCCGUCGCGGUAAUUUAAUCUUUAUGAUCAGUACAAAUCGUGAUCCUCGAUAAUAUCAUUAAGGCUAAUGCUGAUAAAUCAAUGUAUUGCAAUUUGCGAUAUAAUGAAGUAAAAUGGGAUUGCAACUUCGUACCAUAGUUCAAUCUUCGGUAGCUUAAAUUCUCCGUCUCCCGAAAAAUUCAUCCCUGUAUUUCCAAAUACUAUAGUGCAUAUAAAAGCGACAUAUUAACAAUAGCA